GCCGCCGCCGACUCAACUCAAAAUCGCUAAAAAUCCACAAAAUGGAGGAGGAGGAGAACGACAGAACGAUACGAGAGGAAGAGAGGAUAGUGAGAGGUUAGAAACGAAUGAAAAAGAAGAGCGACGGGCUUCGGAUGCACUUUUGUUGAACUGCUUCUGUGUCUUUCUUUUCAUUUGAUGCAUUCCCAUUCAGGAGCGAGGAAACUUAGCUGGAUGAUAAUGCUGGGCACUCUAGCCAGCAUAUUGUUCUGACAAGCAAGUAUGACAGUGAAUUAAAGCUCGCAGAACGUGUAAGUUCCGAAGAUGAGUGCGCACGGAUGCACACAUUUGACACAUCUCAAAGAGGCGAAGGGCACUCAAGCCUACCGGCUUAUCCCUUACUUCGUUUGCUGUGUUUCCAAAGAUGCUAGGAUGAAGAAGGCCCAGUUGUGCAUGUGUCACACAUGCCAUGUCACAGGGCCCCGUCUUCAUGCGUGUCUUCAGUGUGUCUAUUUUGGAUGCUACAACAGCAGGCACAUCCAUGAACAUGCUCGUGCAAAGAAGCACCUUUUUGCUGUGGACAUCUCAUACGGUGUGGUGUACUGCUUCACGUGUGCGGACUACGUUUACGACCGUGAACUCGAAGUCUUGGCACGCAAGCACCGGCGGAAAUGUGCCAGACUACUAGGUCUCAAGGAAUGCUACCAACAUUGGGAGCCCACUAGCUUUGAGCUUGACCUCUUACGAAGAAAUCCUAGGCGAAAAAGAAUAGCGGACAACUCCUACAUAGGGCUUCGUGGACUCAUCAACCUAGGAAACACCUGCUUCAUGAACUGCAUCGUACAAGCUCUGACACACACACCUCUGCUGCGAGACUACUUCCUGGCCGAUCGUCACGUGUGUCAGUUCCGUGAUGAUCCUGCAAUGUGCCUAGUGUGUGAGAUGGCACGGCUAUUUCAGGAGUUCUACUCUGGGAAAUCUGCACCACAUAUUCCGUAUCGCCUGCUUCACCUAGUGUGGACACACGCACGGCACUUAGCAGGGUACGAGCAGCAAGGCCACGAAUUCUUUAUAGCUACUUUGGAUGUCUUGCAUCGACAUUGCAAAGGCACAAAUGGGUUGUCAAACAGUAACCCUCAUCACUGCAAUUGCAUUAUUGACCAAAUAUUCACCGGAGGGCUACAGUCUGAUGUGGUCUGCCAGUCCUGCAAGGGUGUAUCUACCACAAUUGACCCUUUCUGGGAUAUAUCUCUCGACUUAGGGCCAAACUCGUGCUUACAGCAAGUAGCAGUACCAGAAGGUGAAUCUGAUGACACUGAGCCCACAUCCUUGCUUGACUGCCUGGAGAGGUUCACCCGCCCAGAACACCUGGGAAGCUCGGCAAAGAUCCGAUGUGGCCGAUGUCAAAGCUACCAGGAAUCUACCAAGCAGCUGACCAUGAAGAAGCUACCAGUGGUGUGCAGCUUCCACCUGAAACGUUUUGAGCAUUCAACACGCUUCCACAAGAAGAUCUCUUCCCUUGUCUCCUUCCCACAAUACCUGGACAUGAGCCCUUUCAUGUCUGCCGGUCGGGGUGCAUCAAGCGCGCCAGGGACGUUGCUCUCGCACUCUCCUUCUCCAUGCCACGACAAUAAGUACUGCCUCUUUGCUGUAGUCAACCACAGUGGUACAAUAGAAACAGGACACUACACAGCGUACGUUCGUCAACACCGUGACCGGUGGUUCAAGUGUGAUGACCACCUUAUCACAAGAGCAACUGUGCAGGAUGUUCUAGAUUCUGAAGGCUACCUCCUGUUUUAUCACAAGCAAAUCUUGGAGUAUGAGUGAUAGGUUGCACCGACGUGGCACCAGUGAAUAUUGCUCAGUAAAUUAUUUUGUGGACCCCUAUAUGCUAUUGUUGUGUGGAUGGGACAGUGAAAGAACAAGCUUGGUUGUGCCGUGCUCUUUGUGUUUGUGUAUGAAUGUGUGCAGACUAUUUGUUGCUUCAAGGAACACAAUGCAAUAAAAAUGGAAUGUGGUGUA